GCGCAGUGUGCGGCGGUGAUCGGGUGCUAACGGCGUGACAGCUAGGGCCGGGCUCGGGCAGGUAGUCCUGCCGUUCCUGCUGGUAUCUAGCUACCAUGACACUCAUUUGUUUUGAGUGUACUUCGCUACUGUAACCUGCUACAUGACGGCUGCAUCUUCUAACCUGGCACUCUCCAAGGUGGGCUCUCAACUAUGCUACCGUCUUACCUGGCUCUCUGCAAGAUCAUAUAAUAGAAAUGACCGUGAAAACAGCAACACUCUGUUUCAGAGGAAAGAACAUUUUGGCUCCAAUGGUGCGAGUUGGAACAUUACCAAUGCGUCUUUUGGCUCUCGAUUAUGGUGCUGAUAUUGUGUACUGUGAGGAGCUGAUAGACAUAAAGAUGCUGCAGUGCAAGAGGGUUGUAAAUGAUAUACUUGGCACAGUGGACUUUGUAGCUCCUAAUGAAAGAGUUGUUUUCAGGACUUGUGAGAGAGAAAGAGACAGUGUUGUCUUUCAAAUGGGAUCAGCAGAUGCUGAGAGAGCCUUGGCUGUAGCUAAGCUUGUAGAGAACGAUGUAGCUGGCAUUGAUGUCAACAUGGGCUGCCCAAAAGAAUAUUCUACUAAGGGAGGUAUGGGAGCAGCACUGCUCUCUGAUCCUGACAAAAUUGAGUCUAUACUGAGGACCCUUGUUAAAGGAAUUAGUAAACCAGUGACCUGCAAAAUCCGAAUUUUGCCCUUGCUUGAAGACACAGUAAGCCUUGCAAAAAGGAUAGAAAAGACUGGUGUUGCUGCCAUUGCAGUCCAUGGAAGGAAGAAGGAGGAGAGGCCUCAACAUCCUGUCCACUGUGAUAUGAUUAAAGCCAUCUCUGAGGCAGUCUCUGUUCCAGUUAUAGCUAAUGGAGGAUCUCAUGACUUCAUCAAAGAAUAUACUGACAUUGAAGCCUUCCAGCAAACAACAGCGGCGUCAUCAGUAAUGAUAGCUCGAGCUGCCAUGUGGAACCCAUCUAUUUUCAGAAAAGAGGGUCUUUGCCCCUUGAAGGAAGUCAUGCAAGAAUACAUAAAAUACGCAGUGAGAUAUGAUAAUCACUACACCAACACAAAAUAUUGCCUGUGUCAAAUGUUAAGAGAACAGUUAGAAACUACCCAAGGAAAGAAGUUGCAUGCUGCACAGUCUACUCAAGAAAUCUGCCAAGUCUUUGAAAUGAAUGGUUUCUAUAAAGAAACAACAGCCAUUCUGGAAACUAAGAAGGUAUCAUUAGAAACUAAAACACAAGAUGAAGGGGAUCAGGUAGAAGACACAGAUGUAAUAAAAAUGGCUGUUCGGUUUGACAAGCGAGAGUAUCCACCACAGAUUACUCCGAAAAUGUAUCUCUUGGAGUGGUGUAGGAAAGAGAAGCACCCUCAACCUGUUUAUGAAACUGUUCAAAGACCGCUAGAUAAAUUAUUCUAUUCAGUUGUCACAGUAGCUGAGCAAAAAUACAGAUCAACUUUAUGGGACAAGUCAAAGAAGUUGGCAGAACAGGCUGCAGCUAUUGUCUGCCUAAGGACACUGGGUCUCCCAGAGGGGAAAUUGGGUGAGGGAGAAAACCACCUGAUUAAAAAACGCAAGAGGGAAGACCACAAUCUCAUGAACAACAGAGAACAUGGAGAUGAACUUAUUGAGAAUGCAUGUAAGAAAGUUCAUUUAAUUGAAGGAACUUCAGACUCCAGCGCUUCUGAAAUGGCACAAUGAAAGCAGCAUGAACAACAGACAUUCCACAACUAUGCAGCUCCUGAUUCAUUCUUUUUUUGCACAGCCUGCUGUUAUAUUCUAUCUGCACUCUGUCAGAGACAGAUAAGCUGCCCAAUUGUGAAAACCUACUGUAUAGGGACAUGUUUACUUUUUUUUUCUUUGCUUCUCUUGGUGCCUUUCAAAUGCAAUAAAUUAGCAGCCUGGAUUUUAAAACAAAAGGACAAGGAGACUGUCCCAUGAUGAGCUUCUUUCUACAGUAAAUAUUUUUUAUUUAGUUGGAGUGGUUUUGUUUAAAAUAUCUUAUGUAGACUCAUGAUAAACUAACAAGAUGGUUCAGACUGCAUUACCCACGAUCUACAGAUAGAGUCAAUUAUAGAAGUAGGGUGGUGCAGUAACAGACGUUAACUGAAUAGAUUUGCUUUUAAUAAAUUAAAUUAAAUUACAUUGGUACUCCCAUUGAACUUCA